AUGCCGGAUCUCGUCGGAAGCAUCGAUGCCGGCACCACCUCGGUCCGCUUCAUGAUCUUUGACGAGUUUGCCAGGGUCAAGGCCUCGCACCAGCUCGAGUUCACCCAGUUCUACCCGCACCCGGGCUGGCAGGAGCAGGAUGCCCACGAGAUCAUGGACGCCGUCCACAAGUGCAUCGACGGCGCCAUUGCCGAGCUCGAAAAGGGCGGAGAGCACACAAAGGCCGACGUCAAGGUCAUUGGCGUCACCAACCAGCGCGAGACCACCGUCGUCUGGGACCGCAACACGGGAAAGGCCCUCACCCGCGCCAUUGCCUGGCCCGACGCCAGGACCACCCACACCAUCCGAGAGCUCGCGGCAAAGAGCGACAAGGGCACCGACGCCGUCAAGGAGCAGACCGGCCUGCCUCUUUCGACAUAUUUCGCGUCGACCAAGCUGCGAUGGAUGCUCGACAACAUCCCCGAGGUCCGCAAGGCCCACGAUGAGAAGCAGCUCCUCUUUGGAACCGUCGACAGCUGGAUCGUCUACAACCUGACCAACAAGGCGGUGCACAUCACCGACGCCUCCAACGCCUCGAGGACCAUGUUCAUGGACCUCAAGAAGCAGGAGUGGUGCCCGAAGCUGUGCGACUUCUUCGGCAUCGACAUGGACAUCCUGCCGCAGAUCAAGAGCUCGUCGGAGGUGUACGGCAAGGUCGCAGAGGGCACGCUCAAGGGCAUCGAGAUCGCCGGCAUCGUCGGUGACCAGAUGGCCGCCCUGGUCGGCAACAAGUGCUUCCAGCCCGGCGAGGCCAAGAACACCUACGGCACCGGCGCCUUCCUGCUGUACAACACGGGCGAAAAGGUCGUGUCUUCGGACAACGGCCUGCUCUCGACCAUUGCCUACAAGGCGGGCCCCAAUGCGCCGGUCCACUACGCCCUCGAGGGCUCGAUUGCCGUCGCCGGCUCGGCCGUCAAGUGGGUCCGCGACAGCCUCGGCCUGAUCAAGGACGCGUCCGAGAUUGGCGAGCUGGCCGGCCAGGUCGAAGACACCGGAGGAGUCUACUUUGUCACGGCCUUCAACGGCCUCUUCUGCCCCUACUGGGACGACACGGCCGCAGGCACCGUCGUGGGCAUCACGGCGUACACCGACAAGCGCCACUUUUGCCGUGCCACGCUCGAGGCGACGUGCUACCAGACCAAGGCUAUCCUCGAUGCCAUGGCCAAGGACUCGGGCGUGGCGCUCAAGGCGCUCCAAGUCGACGGAGGCCUGACCAACUCCGACGAGGCGAUGCAGAUCCAGGCCGACAUCCUCGGCAUCAACGUCGAGCGACCCGAGAUGCGAGAGUCGACGGCGUUGGGCUCGGCGCUCCUGGCCGGUUCGGCCGUGGGCCUGUUUGGCUGGGACAUUAACCGGCCCGAGACGCUGGCCAAGGUCAACACGGCAGGCAAGCAGACGUUUUCGCCGCGGAUCGACGACAAGCGCCGCGCCGAGCUGCUCCACGGCUGGGAGCGCGCCGUCGAGCGCGCCAAGGGAUGGAACGAGAACCCCUAG